CUCCACUUCAUAUUAAUCCCCUUCUCGACUCCUCAACUCGUAACGAACUCCUUGAAAAAAGACUUAUUCUCCUCUUUUCCCUUACUUUCCCGCAAAGAAUCCCGACAACCAAACGCUACUCAACUCCCUUGGUCAUUGUAGUAUUCUCAUUCUUGCUUCUCUAACAACAACUAUGUGGGCUCAGCCGUACGGGAAGACUGAUGUAGAGGCCGGGAGUAGGCCUCUUUACCCGAUGAUGCUGGAGAGCCCUGAACUCCGGUGGUCCUUUAUUCGCAAGAUUUAUUCCAUUAUUGCCAUCCAAUUGCUUGCCACCAUCGCCGUCGCCGCCACCGUUGUCUCCGUUCAUCCGAUUGCCCACUUCUUUGUCAGUAGCGGGGCUGGCUUAGCUCUUUAUAUCGUCCUUUUAAUCACUCCCUUCAUCGUUUUGUGCCCUUUGUAUUAUUACUACCAGAAGCAUCCGGUGAAUUAUCUUCUACUUGGGAUUUUCACUAUUUCUCUUGCAUUCUCGGUUGGUUUGACUUGCGCUUUUACCAGUGGCAAGGUAAUUUUGGAGUCUGUGAUUCUAACCGCUGUUGUAGUAGUUAGUCUCACUCUCUACACAUUUUGGGCUGCAAAGAGAGGUCAUGACUUCAACUUCCUUGGACCCUUUUUGUUUGGAGCCGUGAUGGUUCUUAUGGUGUUUGCUUUUAUUCAGAUUCUCUUUCCGCUGGGUAAGAUCUCAGUGAUGAUAUAUGGGUGCCUGGCAUCAAUCAUAUUCUGUGGAUACAUCAUAUACGACACAGACAACUUGAUCAAGCGCUAUACAUAUGAUGAAUACAUUUGGGCUGCGGUUUCCUUGUACUUGGAUAUUAUUAACCUCUUCCUCGCACUGUUGACUGUUUUCAGAGCUGCAGAUAGCUGAGCAGACAAAUCCUUUUGCUCUUUUUUCCUGUUAUCCCUUGGUUGGGUACAAACGAAUUCUUCUCGACAUUGUUUUUAUUUUCCAUUAAGAAUAUUAUAUUGAAGCAAACUGUACUUGUUUCGUAGAUUCGUAAUGGUAUAUACCCGAAUUAAGUUUUC